AGCACCCGUCUGGCGUGGCACUGAUGAAUGGCAGCGGCCCGCACGAGAGCCUCAAGGGUGAGAAGGAGGCCAGACAGAACGGCCACGAGGAGACUGACCCGGGAGAAGAUGGGAACGACCAGGAGGUCAUUGUCAUACAGGACACAGGAUUCACUGUCAAGAUCUGUGCACCAGGGAUAGAGCCCUUCUCCCUGCAGGUCUCUCCUCAAGAGAUGGUGCAAGAGAUCCACCAAGUUUUGAUGGACCGCGAGGAUACCUGCCAUCGGACUUGCUUCUCUCUGCAGCUGGAUGGCAAUGUCCUCGAUAACUUUGCUGAGCUGAAAACUAUUGAAGGACUGCAGGAGGGCUCGCUGCUGAAAGUGGUGGAAGAGCCGUACACGGUGCGAGAAGCCAGGAUACAUGUGCGUCACAUUCGGGACCUUCUGAAGAGUCUGGACCCAUCAGAUGCUUUCAAUGGUGUGGACUGUAAUUCAUUGUCCUUCCUGAGUGUCUUCACUGAAGGAGACCUGGGAGACAGUGGAAAACGGAAGAAGAAAGGCACCGAAAUGGAACAAAUCGACUGCACCCCUCCUGAACAUAUCCUGCCAGGUAGCAAAGAGAGACCCCUGUGUGCCCUUCAGCCCCAGAACAGAGACUGGAAGCCUUUGCAGUGCCUAAAGGUGUUAACGAUGAGUGGCUGGAACCCUCCGCCCGGGAACCGGAAGAUGCACGGGGACCUCAUGUAUUUGUACGUCAUCACGGUGGAGGAUCGGCACGUCAGCAUCACGGCAUCCACUCGAGGAUUUUACUUGAAUCA